CAUGAAUGAGUUUUUCUUCCACACCAAGCAUAAUUAACUUUCCAGCGCUCAACGCAUGGAUAUAGAUCCUCAUACCCCUCGUCGUUUUAUUAGAUGUUUGAUUUGCUAAAAAUCGUCGUGUCUCGGUGCUCUUUUUAAGAUGAAAACCCAAAUCCUGCUGUGGAUUUUUCUAGUGAUUUGUUUGCGUCCCUCCUACGGGAUAAUUUGCUACGUUUGUGAAUCGAAGGAAACCAUCAGUACCGUUACGAUUAGCGAGGGUGAAGGUCAAACUCAAACCAUCCCGUUCGUUAUGGUUGAAGGAACAACUGCAAAAAACGACGACACGACUUUCAAACCUGGACCCAUCGAUAGUGGACCGGGUGCCAACUACUCACACCCCAAUGUAACAACCGAACCUCCGAGGCCCCUCCUGGAACAAGUGCCGUGCUUGGAUUCCAAAAAAAAGUCCGACAAAGGCAAGUGGUCACAGGAUGAGUGUGAUUCAAGGUAUCGAGCAUGCUUCAAACUGUCUGGAGAAAUAGUUGAGCCUAAUGGUAAGGAAAUGGUGAUUUCGGCGAUCACCCAGCGCGGAUGCUUCAACCCCACAGAUGAUUCGUUCAAGCAGCAAGGGAAGCUUGGAGAGUGCGUGGAUGCGACUUCCGGGACCGGAGACUUGACUAAAAAAGCCACCCUCUGUGUCUGCGAUGAUGAAAAUAAGGGUGAAAUGCUCUGCAAUCGAAGCACCGUGAAAAUCGGGAGCCCCAAACAUGUCAUCCUAUUCGUCACCCUUGUCACCGGAUUCUCUCUCAGCACGUGACUAAAUAUCUUCGGGUUUCAACUUUACGUGUCUUAUGUAUAUCUUAUGUGCAUUAUUGUGCACAUCUAA